AUGUGCUACGUGAUCAUAACGAGUGUGAGUCUAGUCUGGUUCCUUUGCUCGCUGGUCGCCGAUAUGCUGCUCGCUGUCUCGCUGGUCACGCCCAAGUGGCUAAUUGGACCACCUAAUCCUAGUCUCAAUUCGAGUACGUCGCAUCGCUAUCCCUCGGUUGGUAUCUAUACGCGAUGCAAGCAAACGCAUUCGGGUUAUCAUUGUGGCAGCUUUGAUCUGGAUGGCUUUGCCACCGAUGGCAGCGUUUAUCCCUGGGAAUGGAAGCUGGCCAUGUUCUUCAUGUCACUUGGUUUCGCGCUGCUCUCGCUCACCGUGGCUGCCACACUGUUGACCUGCUGCCGCCAGUCCGCUUGUGGCAAGAGUAUACACAACAUGACCGCCUGUGCCCAGGUGUUGGCGGGCAUCUCGGUUAUGUUGGCCAUGUUUUUGCAUCCCUUGGGCUGGCGUGCGCCGCGCGUGCAACGUCUCUGUGGCACGGAGGCGGAACCCUUCUAUCCCGCCGACUGCAGCAUAGGCAUCUCAUUCUACUGUGGCAUACUGAGCAUUCUGCUGACGCUUGCUGCUGCUGGCAUCAGUCUCAAGGCAGAGUCCUCCAAUCUAAGGACACGCGUGCGACGUCGCGUCGAGGCGGGCAGCAAACUUGUUUGCAUUCCUUGAGCACACAUAAAUGCGAAUUUAAUUGGGCAUUUUGCACUUAAUUUAAUUUCGAAUUUAACAUAAAUAAACAACUAUACAUCUUUUCUAUCUAAC